AUGACCAGUAUGACUGCCUCUUCCAGCUCCUCCGCAGUGUCAUGGGCUCAUGGCACGCCUGGGCGCAGUGCUCCUCUGGGAAUGGGGAUGGCCCAGAAACAAGGUACUACACUCUCCUCUGCAGUCACUACAAGGUUGUAUCUUCCUGGAGAUCUGCUCCUCAGCGUGUUGGAAAAAAGCAGUACUGGUCGUCCUACGGUCACUCCCAUGACAUCUGAUGAUGAUGACGCACCGGAAGCAGGUCCAUCAAAAGAAGUCUUGAGCAGCAGAAGGCGGACUUCUGUAACACACCACAAAAUAAAACAUGUUGCAGCAAAAAACGCAAGGUCUGAUGUCCAGGGCCAACCACAGCAGGCUACCCCGCCACGAAGAUUAUCGACAGUAUGUUCGGUCCACCCACUCCAUAUUUUGGACACAUCUCCAAGAUGCCAACCACACUCCCCUCAUCUUGAUUCUUCUAGUCCUGGUACCAGCAUCCCUACGCAACACCAGCAACACAGUGACAUGGAUGAGACAAUCAUGUUAGAAAUGCAGCCAUUAAGCCAAGGAAUCAGCCCUCCAGCACCUGUGAGUACACCACCACAGCAAAGCACACCACCACCACCACAACACAGCCCAACAACACCAGUAACACAAGGCCCUGAUCAAGUGUUUUGGAACAUUUGGGCUAGACAGCAGGCCACUAAUGAAGAUUGCCUGCGUAGGCAGACACAAAUGUUUGCAAGCCUACCAUCUCACCUCAGAAGAAUCAUCAGAAAUAUGAGUAGACAAAAUGAACAAACCACGAGAAUUGGCAAUACCAUGGAAAUCAUGCGUGCAGACAUUACACAUGUCAUGGGCAACUUACAGUGCAUAAUGGAAGAACAGCACAGACAACAGCAAAGCUAUAUCAACAUUUUAGAAAACAAUCAAAAGAUCAAUGAAUCUAUCUCCAGAAUUGUAGACAAUCAAAAUGCUGCAACACGUGAACUCAAUGCCACCCUCACUAACCGCAAUGAAACACUCAGAUCCAUGCACCAACAGCAACCAAGCAGCAGUUCUGGUACGACUACUCCAAUUAUAACGCCAGUGUCAUCACCACCAAGGCGCUCCACCAGAGCAUGCCAAAAUGACAGUGGUAAAGGCAAAGGCCAGGACAAGCAGCCACCCAAAAAAAAGUUAAAAUAUAAACCACAACGAUUUCUUUAAAGAGAAGUAAAAUAAAAAAAUUAGUAAGUGUAUGUUUGUCAGAAUAGAUAUAACACUUAGCUCCUUGACAAUUUGUACAACAUCAUUAAUUAUAACUGGUACAAACAACAAUAGGAAAUUUGUACGCACAUUUAUUCUUUACCAUCUUUAUAUUUUUUUGGAGGAGGAAAAUGUUGUUUGAGCUGCAUAUAGAUGUUAGCAUGAAGAAACCAGACCACUUGAUUUUUUUCUAAUCAUUACUCUUUCUAGAUUCUAAUCAUUCUCAUCUCAUGCAGACACAAUAAUUGGCAGCCAGGCAGAAUGUCUUUAGCAAGCAGUAACCAGACCACUUGAUUUUUUUCUAAUCAUUACUCUUUCUAGAUUCCAAUCAUUCUCAUCUCAUGCAGACACAAUAAUUGACAGCCAGCCAGAUUCAUCCAUGACCAAUGCAACUUAGAAUAUGAAUUAAAACUGUUUUACAUUUCUUCUGUAGACGACAAGAUAAACACAAUAGAGUUGGAUAAACUCUAGAGUUGGGUGUCCUAAUAUGUUGGGGUAAAAUUUUUAAAUUUCAGGGCCAAAAUGAAUGACAUUAUUGUUGUGGCAUGUUUGUGUGUGUUAAAAAUGAGUAAUCAUAUUAAAAAACAUGAGGCAGAACCAACAAAAUGUGAAAUAUUUGAAAGUUUAACACUAAUGUGUAUAAUAAUGGAUAUAUGUUGAAAAAUGUGUAUUGACUUACAAAUCUCCAAGUUUACUCCAGCAAACAUAAGGCAAUAAAUUAUUUUGGAUGAGACAA